GUUGUGUAAAUGUACCCUCAGUGUGUUUUACUACCUGUGAUGUUUGUAAUUGUUAAUUGCAGUUGUUGAAACUGUAAUUGUGUCUCUUCAGAGAUAGUGAUUACAUUGCGACUGUAGGUCUGUCCAAAUAAACAGUGUAUGUGUGUGUGUGUGUGUGUGUUGUCAGGAAUAGAAGCUCUUGAGUGUAGAUGACCUCUCAAUGGGCAAAAUUAACAUAAAACAGGAAGAUAACCAAAGCAAAUUUAUGCUUUGCAAUUUACAAAAGAGUGAAAGAGAGAAAAUUGAUUUUGUUUAAAAAAAAUAGAUCUUUUUACUGAAAAACAAUCAAAACAAAGAAUUCAGUUUUUGCAGUGCAUCUAAAUUUCUUUACUCAUUUCUUUAGCCUUCUUGCAAAAUAAAAUGUGAAUUACAUAUGGUGCUUUUAUAGUGAUUUUGAUCCGUAUUUAGCUUGUGAAGGCUUUUUGUACAUGUGUGUUUGUGUGUGAGUGUGUUUAUUCCUGCUGAGAGGCUUAUGUGUAGUGUUAAAGUGGAUGACGCAGAAGGCUUUGAGCCACCUGCUCUCUGUCAUUGCAACAAUGCUGCCGUACCAUUUGGACAACGCUAUAAAAAAUAGCCUUUUACUUUUUUUACAAUGUACAUCAUAUCUACAUCAUAGCUUUAAAACAGUGCUUAAAACUGUUUGACAAUAGGAAUAUGGAUAACCAUGCUCAAAUCAGCUGGAUAACACGGUUGGAUUGGAGUUCAUGCUGAUCAGGAUGGCUAAAUCUGUCUUGCGAUCACAUCGACAUUAGUUCAAUCUGUGAAACGUUAUUUCUUCAGUGGAUUGACAUUGUCUCGUCUAGUUUGCGUAAAUGGUUGAACUGGUGGACAUUCAAGCACAUGUGCAAACAAUGUGUGAUUAAAAACAGGCUAGGCAUGUCAAAAUGUUGCUUCAGGGCUCUGAAAUGGUGUCUGCUGCAGAAGAGCGUCUGGGGCCGAUGCGACUGACACAGGAGCCCAUUCAGGUGUUACUGGUCUUCGCUAAAGAGGACAGUCAGAGCGAUGCGUUCUGGUGGGCGUGUGAGCGGGCGGGCUUCAGGUGUAACAUCGCACGAACACCUGAGUCUGCGGUGGAGUGUUUCUUGGAUAAACACCACGAGAUCGUCAUCAUUGAUGGGCGGCACUCACGGUACUUUGAGGCUGAAGCCGUCUGCAGGAUGAUUCGAGCGACCAAGCCUUCUGAACACACUGUUAUUUUGGCAGUGAUGCCACAAACUCCCUCAGAUCAGGAGGAACCAUCUGUCCUUCCUCUUCUCUCUGCUGGCUUUUCCAGAAGGUACCUGGAGAACAGCAGUGUGUCGGCCUGCUAUAAUGAGUUAAUCCAAUUAGAACACGGAGAGGUUCGAGCUCAGUUCAAACUGAGGGCUUGUAACUCUUUGUUUACUGCAUUAGAACAGUGUCAGGAAGCUGUGGAGAUCAGCAGUGAAGAUCAUGUCAUUCAAUAUGUAAAUCCAGCAUUUGAAAAGAUGAUGGGCUAUCAUAGAGGCGAACUGAUCGGUAAAGAGUUGACUGAACUACCCAAGAGUGACAAGAACAGCGCCGACCUGCUGGACACCAUCAACACCUGCAUCAAGAAAGGAAAGGAAUGGCAGGGGAUCUAUUUCUCACGGAGGAAAUCAGGGGACAGUAUUCAGCAAUAUGUCAGAAUCACUCCUGUGAUUGGCCAGGGAGGAAAAAUUCGCCAUUUUGUGUCCAUCAAGAGGCCUUACAGUGACAACCACAGACAGGUUCAUAAGUUGAGCAAAGAAGACAAAUGCUCUGGUGAACAUUCACAAUCAGAGUGCAAUUCCUUGCGUCACAAGGACCGGAGGAAAGAGUCUGUGGACGUCAGAUCUAUCAGCUCUCACAGCAGCGAUGCUCCCAGUCUACAGAAUCGCAGAUAUUCCUCUAUGGCCCGAAUCCACUCCAUGACUAUUGAGGCUCCGAUCACUAAGGUGAUAAAUAUCAUUAACGCAGCACAGGAGAGCAGUCCCGUGACAGUAGCGGAAGCUCUGGAUCGUGUUCUGGAGAUUUUGCGGACCACCGAACUGUACUCACCCCAACUGGCCUCAAAAGAAGACGACCCUCACACCAAUGACCUGGUGGGGGGUCUCAUGAGUGAUGGACUCAGAAGGCUCUCUGGGAAUGAGUAUGUCUUCUCCAAAAGUGCUUUACACAAUAUGAGUCAGAGUCAGCUGGCAGUACCUGUGCCAUUAAACGACAUCCCGCCAUCCAUCGCAGAGCUGCUCAACGAGGAGGAACGCUGGGAAUUCAAUAUCCUGGAGCUGGAAGCAGCUACACACAAGAGGCCGCUGUCAUACCUGGGUCUGAAGAUUUUCUCUGCUUUUGGUGUGUGUGAGUUCCUGAACUGCACAGAGGCCACGUUGCGCUCGUGGCUGCAGGUGAUCGAGGCUAAUUACCACGCCUCCAACUCCUACCACAACUCAACACACGCCGCAGACGUUCUGCACGCCACAGCCUACUUCCUGCGCAAGGACAGAGUCAAGGGCAGUCUUGACCAGUUAGAUGAAGUUGCAGCACUAUUGGCAGCCACGGUCCAUGACGUCGAUCACCCGGGCCGUACCAACUCAUUCCUAUGCAAUGCAGGGAGUGAGCUAGCGAUUCUGUACAACGACACAGCCGUCCUGGAGAGCCACCACGCCGCUCUUGCUUUCCAGCUUACUGUACGAGACAGCAAGUGCAACAUCUUCAAAAACAUGGAAAGGACUCAGUUUCGGACCCUACGGCAGGCCAUAAUUGACAUGGUGUUGGCAACAGAAAUGACUCGACACUUUGAACACGUCAAUAAGUUCGUAAACAGCAUCAAUAAACCCAUGAGUGCCAUUGAGGAGACGAGCUCCAAUAGUGAAGGCAGUGAUUGUGAGGGACAGGCCAGUAUUCGCAACUCUCCUGAGAACCGUCUGUUGAUUAAACGGAUGCUGAUUAAAUGUGCUGAUGUGGCCAAUCCCUGCAGACCUCUGGAGCUCUGCAUCGAAUGGGCUGGUCGCAUUUCAGAGGAGUACUUUGCUCAGACUGAUGAGGAGAAAAGACAAGGUUUGCCGGUUGUCAUGCCAGUGUUUGACCGGAAUACCUGCAGUAUUCCUAAAUCCCAGAUCUCAUUUAUCGACUAUUUCAUCACGGACAUGUUUGAUGCCUGGGAUGCAUUUGCCAGUUUGCCAGGUCUGAUGGAGCAUUUGGCGGAGAACUACAAAUACUGGAAGAACUUGGAUGAGAUGAAAUGUAAAAGCCUGCGGCCUCCACCUCCUCCGUGAACCCUCAUGACCCCCUUACCCUCGAGGUCAAAGAUCAGAGGUUGAAUGUAGCAUCUCUGCCGGUCCUCAAAGAUUCCAUCCACUGAACACAGAUCAGCAGCCCUGUUUUUCCAACGACGCUCCACCCCUAGCGACAAUCGCCCGGUAACGAGGGUAAAAUACAAACCAACGACAAAAUGAAUGCACUUUAUCAUCAUACAAUCCUCUUCCAGCAUCUUUUCACUUUCUUCUCUUCUCUUUUUUUAAAUCCUCUGUGUUCUUUCAGCUGUUUUUAGUGAUUUCUGGACAGCGAUUUUUUUUUUUUAAUGUCUGACACAAGAAGAUAAAGACUGAUCUUAGUCCAGCAGAGGACUGUAUAUACUAUAUGCGCUAAACUAUGGGAUAUACACUGGGACUGAAACGUGUAUGCUCAGAGAGGUCUGUAACUAUACACAUGCACAUAUAAUAUUAACAGACAUGUGGGAUUGUAGAUCCAAAUGCGAAAAGGGCUUUAUUUGGACUCUGAAGCAGUUAUAAGGAGGAAAACUGUGUGUCAGUGGGACUAAACUACUUUGGAAACCACAAAAAGGACCCAGUAGGGAGCCCUGAGGCACUCCCUUCGGUCCUGCCACAUCUUCCCCCUUAUUGAUUUGAUCAGUGCAGAUGGAAUAUUUUGACAGAAUGUUGUCACGAGAAACAAAUGUCAAGUUGCCAAACCGGAAGAACUGAAGUAUUCGGACAAUGAAUUGGUAUUGACCAGCACUGAAAACGAUUCAGUGUGUGAGAAUGUAAAAACUGCAACGGAUCAGCCCGCCGCGGGCUGUCAUUAUUCCAGCGUUUUCUGUAUCAGAAGCCUUUCUCAGACUCCAAGGACUGGUGUAUAAUAAUCAAUAAUUUUGAUAUAAAUAGCCAAUAAUAACAAAGAAUAUAUUUCUCAGAAACACUGUAUAUCCAGACACAUACUGUAAUAACGUGAAGCUUGACGACGUGUGUGUGUGAGAGCGAGAGAGCGAGUGUGUGAUAUGAUUUGCUUAGUGUUAAAUGUAUUUUACACAUGGCAGUUAACAUUCCUACUUCACGCAAUGGUCCGUACGGAUGCGACAUUCCCUAAUCUAUGUGUAAACCUAAACUCCAGCACAGCCUCAUGACGAGACCACUGACACGUUUGCUCAUGCUGACUGGUGAACUCGCACGUAUUGUAAGUGUUACACCAUUUUUAAGUAUUAUUUAUUUACAAAAUGAGCUCGGCUGUAUAUCGCUUCCAUAAUCGCGGGUCUGCUUUACCAUAGACGCACAUCGCCGACAAGCUUCAAACGUUCACCUUUUGUAGGCCAAAAAGCAUCCAGUGCCAAAGGUGCGUUUAUAAUCAAGCACGAUGAUGAGUUUUAAACAGAUGUUUGGCUGAAGCCGUUCCGACUGAAAAAAAAGACCUAGUUUAGAUUUCUUGAAAUCAGUCACGCUGACCGAUCGCUGAGAAGUUUGUUUUUUUUAACCCAUAUGUUUUAUUAAGCGUAGCUGUUAGUGUCAUGGCACCUCAUUUUUGCCGGAUUACAGUUGGACGCGUAGCUGAACUGCAUUGGCUCACGGACAGGCUUAGUAGGAAUGUUUAUAACUCGGUUGACGCCCUUUUACUCUUUACACAUUGUGUAGACGUGAUUGGAAAGAAGCUCUUGAGAGCUUCGUCUUCACGAUGACUUCACAGCGACCGUUCUAGUUCUAGAACCCACCAGCACGAGUGUUCCGACUGUGAUGACAUCAUUAUGACAUCAACAGUUCUGAUUCUACAAUGCCCUCGUAAGAAUGGCAGCAGCUGUUUUUGUUGUUCUUCGGUUGGCAGUGCAUCACAGUGACUGUUUUUAAGCGCUUGUGCAGUUAAAGGCAUGCGGUGCACAUUCAGCAGCUCGCAGGGUUUUGAUUUUCCUCUUUCCUGUUCUCUCAUCCUUCCUGAUUCUAUCUGUUUCCCUCCCUUUUUUCUUGUUGCUUUUAUGUGGUCACAAGGGUAGAACAGUGGUUUUGGUAGCACUUUUGAAGCCUGUAUAUGUAAUGUAUUAUAUAAAGUAUUCUGAAUGCAUGCUAUAUCAGUGGGUAUUGCUUAAUAUUGACAUUUUUAAAUUAUUGAGCUAAAUCAGACAAUAUUUUUUAGCAGAUAAUGUCAAGGAUUAUUUUUGCACUUUAAAAAAAAAACUCUGAAAUUGGGUUAUGAUUAGGAAUUUUUAAGGCAUUAUACUUUUUAAAGGUAUAACUGUAAUUUAUAUUGCAACUGUAGUUACAAUUUUGUACAAGAACCUACAACUGAUGUAUUAUAUAAAUGCAUUAAGAAUUCUUUUAUAAUAUACUAUAUAUGCAUGCUUAAUAGAUAUUAUACUAUUUUCUUUCACCCAUUUUUUUUUAUUAUUUACAGCUCUUCAGAUAUUAAUGCUGCAGUACAAAUUAUGGCGGAUGCUCUUGUCACCAUCUAGUGGUAAAUCUAAAGAACCGUACACAUUAUUUAAAGGGAUAGUUCACCCAUAAAUUAAAAUUCUGUCAUUUACUCACCCUCAAGUUGUUCCAAACCUGUAUGAAUUUAUUUCAUUUGCUGAACACAAAAGAAGAUAUUUUUGGGAAUUUGUGUAACAAACAGUUGAUGGUCCCCAUUGAGUUACAUAGUAUUUUUUUUCCAUACUAUGGAAGUCAAUGCACUGUAAAAAAAAAAAUUCUUAUCACAACAUUUGUUCUUUUGUCAAAUUAGCUUAGAUAAUUAAUGUGGUUCAGAUAACAUAAUAUUUUGAGUUUCAAUCGCCUUCAUUGUAUUAACUCAAAUUUUCAAUUUUCAAUGAACUCAAAACUUAUUUUUUUAAGUUAAGCCAACAAUUCUUUUUUACAGUGUAGGGACCAAUUUGAGGGUGAGUAAAUGAUGAGUUUUGGAUGAACUAUCCCUUUAACUCCAUUGAUGGUGUUUUGUAUUUGCAUUUUGCGUAACUAUGAGCUCGUGUUUGUUUAUUUCUUAGGAAAAAUUGCUUUGUUGAUUUUUUUUUAUAGCAUUAUAAUCAUGUUCCCUAAGGUCCUUGUGAUCAGUAGCCAAAAAAAGUACAACAAACAAAGUUUCUCAUGACACUACCAGUCAAAUGCUUGGACACACUUGAACUUGUCCAAACUUUUGACUGGUAGAGUACACUUUAUGGACAGGACAUGCUUUCAUUUAUUGUGUAAUAGUAAAUUUUAUUCAGUGAUGUUCUGUCAUGUAGAUGUUCAGGGUAUAAUAUUAGUGGUUAGCUAUAUGUCACUGACAGUUUUGACAUCCUGUAGUGCGAAAUCAAACGACAUGGUUUAAAAUGAGAUUCGCUCAGUGAACAAAGAAUUUCGAUAAUCUCAGGCGAGUCUUGAUCUGGUGUGAUUUUGGGAUUGGAGCCGACAGAGAUAAGCCAUAGACCAUUUUAGAACUAAUAAUGGAAGUGUAGGUCAGAAGAUGAUGUAUCUAUUCCCUCUUUUCCUGUCCUCCACCCCGCUCAUCCUCUCUCUUCCUGACUACUGUAGGCCUGCAUUAUCCUGCUUUGUAACAAAACAUUUCAUUGCGUUGUCACACACAGGCUUUAUAGGUAAUUUAAAGUACAAAAUGUUCCAGGGAAAGUCCCUUUUUAAGCUCAGAUGUUUUGACUAUGAAUUUUUAUGGACUCUUUUACAGAUAUUACUAUGUAGAGUUUAGAGAGCGUAUUCAGGUUCAUGCCUUAAUCUCUGUUAUAGACAUGCGGUGGGUUAAACCGGCCCUCAUUCACUCAGCACUGAUGAUGAGAUUCUACAGCAGAUUUAAAAUAUGACGAGACCAUGUGAUCCAUUGUAAUAUUAACAUGAGGAUUAUUAGUUGUUCCGGAGGUUGUUGGAUAAUUUAGUUAUUGUUUAUUGUUGAAUGUUUAGUGAUGAUGUACAAGUUUUAUCAACAGUAUUUGGGGCAUAAUUUCGAUUACAAUAGAAAAUUAUUUUGACUCGUCUCUCUGUAUUUAUUUUUUUUUAAAAAGCAAAGCAAAUAUCCCAUAUACAGUAGUGUACUUAAAAGUUACAAAGGGUUUAAAAUAGGGAUGCACCGAUAUGAAAAUUUUGGCCGAUAACUCUUUAUAUUUGAAAGCCGAUAACCGAUAUAUUGGCUAAUAAGUUUAAAUCAAAAUUUGUAUAUAAUUUUUGAGAGGCUGAUUAGUUUCACCAAAGUCCCAAGCACACAAUUAUUACAUUCGCAUUAUAAUUUUAUGAAGCCUAUAUGACAGACUUUAUUAUUUCAAUCAUAUUUCAAGCAAUUCAAACAAUAACAUUAAAAAUAAAGAUGCACAGAUACUACAUUUCUCCACCGAUACUGAUGAUUCAGAGUGAUAUCUGCCGAUACCAAUAACGAUACCGAUAGUUUGGGGGUUCUGCAUUUUAUACCUUCUUUUAAAUUAAUGAUAAUUUCAUUAUAAGUAAUAAUUAAUCAUUAUAUUUGAAUUAUAUUUUGAAAGAAAUGCAAAUAAAAACUUUAUUCUGUCCAUUCUAUCCAACUUUCAGAGUAACUGGUAUCAGUUAUAAACAAACACAUUACUCAAAUUAAUAUUGACACGCAUUAACUAAAUUCUGAAGAUUAAAUUAAUGUCUUUCUGAAUGUUAUUAAUUCAUAUAAAUACUAUUAAUAUUGAACAUCAAACUGGUUUCUUAGCAUUUUCUUUUUACAAAGCACAAAUUCAGUGCAUUUUCCUGUCCUUUUGAUUGACAGGAUAUAUCGUCCCUGAUUAUCGGCUGUUUUUAACCUAUCGAUAUAUCGCUAUAUUCAUUUUUAAUUAGAGAGGCACUGAUAUAUCGGCCAGUAACCGAUAUUGGUCGAUAAAAGCAAAUUUUCACACUAUCAGCCGUUAACCAUUAUUAUCGGUGCAUCUCUAAUUAAAAAUGAAUAUAGCGGCUGAUACCGAUAUGGUGGCCGAUAUAUCAUGCACCCCUAGUUUAAAAUCAGAAACAUACAGCUCAUAUUUAUGAUUUAUAAUAUUUAUUUUUUUAAAUAAAUUUAUGAUGAUUUAUAAUAUUAUUGUACCUGUAAAACUGUAAGUCAUGCUUUUCCAGCUGGAACUACUUUAUAGGUGGAUGAACAUCUAUUUGAGUAUUACCAAUGUCAUUUUUGUGAUUGAUUUUUGGUCUCCUUAUGCAUAUUUUAACAAUCCUUCCUUUUUUUUUAAGAGAGGCAUAAGUCACAAUUAUUUUUGCUUUGAAGUCAAUAUUAGGACAUCAGUGCUGUUGAGAAAUUGAGGCAAAAUAUUUCUAUUAGAUAUUAGAUAUGAUUAGAUAUGGUUGUGUUCAUUCGUUUGUUGUGUUCAUUUCAGCUGUAUCUUAUUUUUGCAUCUUAUUUCAGAUUUAAAUUGAGAAUCUCUAUGUUAAGUAAUAGAAACGCUCAGGCUUUUGGGAAGUGCUCAUGCUCCAUCCAUUAUCGCUAGCUAUGUUUCCAUCCACCUGUUUUUAUGCGCAGAAAUAUUAAAAAUGUAUGAGCUCGAUUGAGGCGGAUACCUUUUUAUCGAUAAGAAGACAUGCGCUUAAACUACGACGGAAACACAUUUACCGAAUAAAUCCCUUGAUGCGCAACAACAGACUCACGUGACUUUGCCUCAACAGUGGAUGUGAUUGGAUAACUGGACUAACCAGUGGACCAAUCGCAUCACACAGUAUCUCAAAUGUUGGUUUGAUCAUUCUGAAAUGCCUAAGCCAACCCAGACAGCAACAUAAUGUCGGCCCAGAUCCGGGCCACAACUGGUGUGGAAUUCACGUGUGCCAACACUAUGUUGCUGUCUGGGAAAGUCUGUCAGUAAAAUGAUUUGGUUUAAUUCUCUCCGAGAAGCAUCUCACAUGAUUGUGUUUAUACACACCAGGUAUCUGAACGCAAGAUCACAUGACAGCGUUUAUUACGUUCGUCUGCUCGCUCCGAGUCAAUUUAUGAUGGCGGAAAAAGGAGCCACAGUGGCUUCCCUGAUUGUAGCAACUUCCAUUUUAGUUGGAUAUUUUGCGGCAAUUUUCAGUUUUGUUUUCUUGAACACAUGGAAACGGUGCUUUAUUCGCAGAUGUUUUACGCAAUAUUCAAAUGUAGUUAAAUUCACAACUUUGGAUGGAAACAUAGCUACUGUCAGUACAGCAUCAUGUUGUGUUAUAAAACAACUUUACCUAACUACCUAAAGUAUUAAUUUAAAUAUUUCGUGGCGGAUCAGUCCGUGGUCAUAUUUGAACGUUGCUGUGAAUCUUUUCAACGUCUCAUCCUUCACACUUCACCCUCACGAUCAAAGGGCUCUCUUAUUGGCACACCAUUAUGACCUCACAGUGACAUCAUAGCCGGGGGCGGGUCUUGCUCUGAGAACCGGAUGAGACGCAGCCUGGUCGAUUAGCACGCGUGAACUGUAUCGAUGGGUGCAGAUUCUGUGCCAAUUACUGUAUUUUUGAAGUUCUGGGAGUGCACACGAGCAUUAUCCUUGCGCAAAUGUAUAUGAAUUAUUUUUUAUUGAACAAAUACAUCACUGAAAGUAAAAGUGGUCACAUGCCAUUCAACAGGUUUUUGUCGUCAGUUGUAUAGAAAAUAGCAUAAAACUAUGGUUUGAUUCUGUCUCUACAUCUGCUGUCAUUUGGAGAUGUCACUCCAACUCUGAAACCAUUGUGUUUGUAAGACACAUAUAAAAAAUAAAAAUUUGCAAUAA